AUUGGCUGUGGCCGUCCUCUCCUCGGCUCUGGUCUGAUGUGAGUCUGCUGAAGCUCUGCUGGAAACACGCCGCUAUCAGGAGCACGUCCACAAACUCAUGGAUCUGUGUGUGUUUGCUGCAGCGCCACCAACGUCUGAUUUGGAGACGAUGGUCGCGUCGAGAGAUCGUGACCUUCACCGUCUGGAACAGGAAGUGCGACGGCUUCAGCGUCUCCUGCAGGAAGUCCAGGUGCGAUCGGCCAAUCGCGUCGCUCUGCUGGAACAGCAGCUGGCCAGUAAAUCCCAGCACAUAGAGAGACUUCAGGCCGAGCUCCAGAACCAGCGGGACCACGGAAGAUCCGGACCGAGCUCAGGACUCUCCGAGCGCUGAUGCAAAGCACUGAAGUAGUUUCGGUUUCUGAUGUCAGGAGCAUCUCUGUUGAUGAAGAUCCUGUGAUCCAGAAAGAAAGGACAGAGUUUCAUCCGUGCGCUGGAGAAGAAGAAGCCCUGAAUGAAUCCUCUUCAUGGUCUCUGAGCGUCCAGAGCUUCAUCAAAGAGGAGACCGACUGUGGUGAAGACGAGGAGGAGUGUGACACGGCUCGAUUAGCUCGGCGGGUGAAGGACGCUCUUCAGCGGCUCAACAUCGGUCAGCGGGUGUUCGGUCACUACGUGCUCGGCCUCUCUCAGGGGACCGUCAGCGACAUCCUGGCCAGACCCAAACCCUGGAGCAAGCUGACCAGCAGAGGAAGAGAACCCUUCCUCAGAAUGAAGCACUUCCUGUCUGACGAGCGCAGCAUCCGAACGCUCGGCGCCAUCCAGGAGACACUGAGAGGCGUCUUGGUGUCGUGGGCCGCUCCUGAAAGAAGCUCAGAAGACGUGAUCAAGAAGGUUCUGGAUCAGAGACGUCUGCAGAUGCUGGAUAUUAAUGACGAUGAUGACGAUGAUGAAGGCAGCAGGCGGGAUGGAGACUCAUCAGAUGACAUCAUCAGGAGCAUCCUGCAGCAGGCCAGACACGAGACGCAGACGGAGACGGCCCGGCGGGGAGGAGAGGAUUCUGGGACGCCGGAGCCCAGCGCUCGGUCCACGGCUGAUUUUGUCCAAAGCAUCAUUCAGAAAGUCAAGUGUGAACUAAAAGAAGACCCAGGGCCCUCAGCUCCUCCAGCGGGUCCGGGGCCGGAGCCUCAGAGACCUCGCUCCUGUCCCAUCAGCAGCGGCUCUGAGCUUCACGCUCUGUGUCUGGACACACUCCACAUCACACACAGAGUCAAAGAAACACUCAGCACCAACAACAUAGGUCAGAGAGUGUUUGGUGAAGAGGUUUUGGGUUUAACACAGAGCUCGGUGUCUGAACUGCUGUCACAUCCCAAACCCUGGAAGAAACUCAGUCUGAAGGGAAAGGAGAACUUCAUCCGCAUGCAUCUGUGGCUCCAAGACCCUCAAAACAUCCAGAAGAUCAAGGAUAAGAAGAAGAUGGACCAUAGAGCUCGUCUGAAGCGUGUUCUGACCGGAUCAGGGGGUUCCUCUCAGAGGUGGCUGGACGCAGGAGCUCAGGGGUUUAGUGAUGACCGGGGCCGGUGCGAGGCCACGAAGAGGCCGAGGGUGAUCCUCAGCGCUCCGGAGAGAGAAGCACUGCUGGAGACGUAUCGGACGGAGCCGUAUCCGUCUCAGAUCACCGUCGAGAGGCUCGCGGCACGGCUGGGUCUGAACACCAGCACUGUUAGCAACUGGUUCUACAACUACAGGUCUAGACAUAGACAAGAUGUUCUUUCUGCUCCAGGAGAACCCAGAACUUUUCCGAGUCCAGUCGUUCGUAGUCCGGUUUCAGCCGGUGUAGACCGAAUCAAACAGGAGCCCAGUGAUGGAGAGACGGAGGACACGGAUCUGCUCGGACACGUCUCUGUCGGCGUACAGUCCAUCUCCAGAGUGAAGACCGAGAGAGAGGAAGAUCUCUUCUCCUAAACAAUGAAGAAAACGUCUCCCUGAUGAGCUCCAAAUCUGUCUUUUUUUAUUCAGAAUUUAAUUUCAGGAAUAAGUAAACCCUGACUGGCCAGAUUGGUUUAUAUUUUUUUUUAGCGUGACUGAAGAAUAAUUGUUGGUUGUAUAGUUGUUUGAUAACUACUUGUAUAAGUUCAUUUAUAUUCGGUCUGGUUUGGAGACUAAAUGGUACAUGGGAAAGUUUGCUAAUA